AUGGCAAACACGUUGAGGGCUGCUCUUGCCAGCCAUCCUGACAAAGUGCCUGAGGGUCAGCGCGCCGCCGCUGAUGAAAAGUUUAAAUCAAUAAGUCAAGCGUACGACAUCCUAUACAAUGAUCAGACGAGGCACUUGUACGAUAGCCAUGGCAUGCAAGCAUUCGAGAAGGGUUCCGGUGCCGCUCCGGGAGACGUCAAUCUCGAUGAUAUCUUGGCUCAGAUGAUGGGCAUGGGCAUGGGUGGUGGUAUGCCCCAGGGAUUCGGUGGUCCACCGAGGAAGCCCCGAAGAGGAAAAGAUGAGGAGCAGAGUUACGCCAUCUCAUUAGAGGAACUGUACAAGGGCAAGACCGUCAAAUUUGCGAGCACGAAGAAUGUUAUUUGCACGCAUUGCAAAGGAAGUGGUGGGAAAGAGAAAGCAAGGGCGAAAAAAUGCUCUUCUUGUAACGGCGCAGGUGAGGUCUACGGUAUCCUCUACCACAGGGACGGUGAGAAAAUAAGAUUAGAAGGAGAGGCGGAUCAAGUCCCAGACCAGGAACCUGGCGAUAUUGUGUUCACCCUCGCACAGAGCGAACAUCCAACUUUUGAGAGAAGAGGAGCAGAUAUUCUGGCUACGAUCGAAGUCACGCUUGCUGAAGCCCUCUGCGGGUUUUCGCGGGUCGUUGUCAAACAUCUUGAUGGACGAGGCAUUCAUAUACGACAUCCGCAGCCUGCUGCACGAGUGCUGGAACCGGAUCAGAUAAUCAAGGUUGCAGGCGAGGGAAUGCCGCACAAGAAAAGCGAUAUCAAAGGCGAUCUGUACCUGAUGGUCAAUGUCAAAUUCCCGGACUAUGCGACCUUAGAGCGCAACCAAGCCUUCAAGAAAUUGAGAGACAUUCUGCCGAAACCAGGCAAGCCAAUAGAAGCAGACGAGGUGGAUGACGUCGAGUACGACGAGACGGCAACUCUCGAUGGUUUUGGUGGGGCAGAGAAUGUGGCUGGAGACUGGGAAGACGAAGAUGAAGACGGUACAGGACCACAAUGUCAACAACAAUGA